AGCAUUUCUGCUUGUACUUGCUUACUGUGUCUAGGCUUUAUCCUUGAUGAAUGCUCCUUGUCUUUUAUAGCAGCCAGUGGAAGAAAUUAUUAUUCUAAGCAUGUGUUUACUUUUACUUUUUAUCCCCCUGCCUUUAGUAACUUACGUCGAUGAAGAUGCAGAUGAAAUACUUGAGUUAUCAUCAAAUAAAACUUUCUUGGUCGUGCUAAAGGUUCCAGAGGAGUGUGCUACCGAGGAGGGGUUACCUCACCUGCUCACGGAAAGGCUCACAGAUGUGUACACUUCAUCCCCAUCGCUGAGUCGUUAUUUUACUUCAGUGGAAAUGACGGACUUCAGCGACGAAAAUGCCACGAUAGCCUACCACCUGCAAUUUGGGGUUCCUUCAGAAGGUGAGGGCUUUAUGAAGUACAGAAUGAGUAAGGAGUUGGUGCGCGGCGUGUUGCUACAGAAUCUGCAUGAUCGGGGAGUGCCUGGCUGUGAGACCUUGGGACUGGGUCCAGCGUCCCUCUUGCUCUACGAAUGAAGGGGAGGAUGUCCGUGUGUAUCUGAAGGCAGAGCUCCACUGAGUUUGGGCAGGAGAGAAUUCACUUUGUUUUCCAGAGAAGAUCCUGCGAAUUACCAUGGAAGGCCUGGCAGUGACUUGGGGGUGGGGAGGAGGCUUCUCCUGAUUCAGCAUUUAUGAAGUCUGGGCUCUGUGUCCAGCAGAACAGCCCCUGUGAACUAGCCCCGUGGGGUCUACUCUUGGCAAAGGCAGGAAGCCUGAUGGAGCUGGGGUGAUGGGGUAGGUGGGUGGGCCUUGCAGUGCGGGGUCACUGCUAUUCUUGGAGCUCGAGUUGCCUCCACCCACACGUGCACUCUUUAGUGCAAAGGUGAUGUUUCAGGCAGGAUCCCGUCAACCUGUGCUGGUGGAAAGAGUGGGCAGGCAUGAGGUGAGGGACAACUGAGCCAAUCACUCGCUGAAGUCCUCCUCCCACUCCCGUCGUGGUAUUUGAUGUACCUCUUAGCAAGACUGUGAGGAAGGCACUUUACCAGACCAAAGCAGCAAAGUUCUGUGGCUAAUUCCAUGACCUGUAGCUGCCUACGCCAGCCUCAGGCACGUCAUCCAGUAUUACUGGGUCAUGCGUAGCUACAGAAUAAGAUGUGUGUUUCUUAUUUCACAUCUCAUUGCGCCGGUGACUCCUGAACACCGCUUUUGGAAACGUGGGUCCCUGUGUGUUUUGAGUUUUGAACACAACUGCUGUUUGGGAUGGUUUUUGCACUUAACAGUUUCUCAGACUUCCAUCAGAGGAUCGUUAAGUCUGCUUACCCUGUGCACGCUGGUCCAUGGCUUUUUAUUGUCCCAUGUGGCUAGGCUUCCUCUAAAACUCAGUGUCUUCACACACUGAUCGCGUAUCUCAUUGAAGAGGAUUCGAAACAGGAAGAACCACUCUCUGUUUGAAAUAACCUGUUGGAGGCUUGAUGCCAAUUUGUUAGCAGGCCGGGGGGAAUGUCAGCGACUGUAUUGAUCAUCUACGGACAUAGAAUUGCCUAGCAUGAGGAAGCAGAGGAUUUGUUUCGUUGGGAAAAUUGUUUUGCUGGAAAUGUUCCAAGAGAGAGUGUUGUGGUCCUAUCACGAGAGAUUCUUAGCCCUGGGAUCUCAGUUAAUGGGCCGCGGGUGGACGUCAGUGUGAGGGGCUGCCGUGCACGGGGAGGUGUCCAGCUGUGAGUCUCGGGCUAGAUUUGUCCUGGUCUUCCUGUGAUCCAGGACUCUGGAUAAUGUGAACUUGUUUUCUUAUUUAACUGGAGGGUACGUUUAUUGUAACCUGCUAUCUCAUUUUGAGGCCAGUUCCUCAAACUAGCCAAAUAGGUGCGUUUCCCUUCUUCCUCUUUAUUUUUUACAUGUCAAAUGUAAACCGUAGCGUGUGUGUACUUUUGAGAACGUAAUGAAUAACUUUCAUGGGGAAGGAUUUAAAACUAUUCACAAUAAAUUAUUCUUGGCACA